AUGCGCUACUCCGUCGCCGCCGCUGCCGCCAUGGCCAGCCUCGCCUCUGCCUCCAUCGUGGACACCGGCUCUCCGAUGCCUGACGUUGUCACCGAGGUCUUGACUAACUACGAGACCUACUGCUCGGAGCCAACCUCUUUCACCUACGGCACCCAGACCUACACCAUGACCGCGCCCGGCACCGUCACCUUCACCGAGCCCUGCACCAUCACCCGCACUCUCACCUCUUCCACCACCACCGAGUGCAGCUCCUGCCCAACCACCGCUGCUCCUACCAGCGCUCCUACCGGCGGUAUCCCUGGAACCGGCGGCCCCGUCCCAGUUCCAUCUCCCACCGGCGGCAGCACCUCCGUCUACACACCACCAACCUACCCCAACUCGACUGCCCAGGCUCCUCCCAUGGGCACUGCCAGCGGCACCGGCGUCAUGACCGCUCCUCUGCCAACUUACACCGGCGCUGCCUCGCACGCCGCUGUCGGUGCUGGAGCCGGUCUCGCCGGUCUCCUCGGUCUCGCUGCCCUUUUGCUGUAA